UCUAUACGGAAUUAACACUUUUUGCAGUGUGCAUCCAUGGUUGCAUCACAUGACCCGUUAAUCUUCUCUGUAUUUCCGCGUUCACGACGGCCGAUCUGUUAUCAAUGACUCUCCGUGGGUGUGCAGGGUUUUACCUAAUGCAUAUCUGUCUACAUCACCCCUCUCCUCCUGCUGCUGUCUCCACGCUGAAUGAAUGAAGCUGUGACCAUCUGAGGUUCUCCUCUUCCUCCUCCUCCUCCUCAUCCGUCUCCUCCGUCUUCUUCUCCAUCGAGCCUGUCGUCGACCCGCGCGGCCGAGCUGGGGGGGAAUCCGGGAAAAGGCAGCCGCGGCACCUCGCACCGGCCGACGGACACUCCGCCGCGACGCGCCACAAACAUGCUCACCCGGGUCAAGUCCGCAGUGGCCGGGUUCAUGGGCGGUAUCAUGUCCGGGGGCAACUCCGGCGGAGUGGGCAACACUGGUUCCGAGCUGCCGCUGAAAUUCCCAUAUAUGAGACCCGAGUUCCUGGGACUGUCCCUGGAUGAGAUCGAGUGCUCCGCGGACCACAUAGCUCGGCCCAUCCUCAUCCUGAAGGAAACAAGGAGAUUGCCGUGGGCCACCGGAUACGCUGAGGUGAUUAAUGCUGGUAAGAGUGCGCUGAAUGAAGACCAGGCCUGCUGCGAGGUGGUUGUAGCGAGAAGGAGGCCAAUGAGCUACUGCCCUCCCUCCACACCCAGCAAGACCCCCACGGCAAAGAGACGCAAUUCCCUGCCCAAUGGAGAGGGCCUGGGGCUCCGUGUUGACCACAGCAAGCUUGGAGAGGACAGUGAAGGACUGGUGUUCCACUACUGGGCCUUGUUCGAUGGCCACGCUGGCUCAGGUGCAGCAAUUGUCGCCUCCCGCCUACUGCAGCACCACAUCGCCUGCCAGCUCCAGGCCGUCAUCGAGAUCCUACGUAACGUUGCUUCUUUGCCACCGACCGUCCUGGGCGAGGAGCCCGACAACAACCCCUACUUCCAGGGAAACACCCCAGGCCCUCACCGAGCCCUGACCCGGGCCGCUUCUCUGCGCGGGGCCUCAGGUGCACCAGGUUCCCCGAGCAACACCCCGCCUCCGCCACGCUUCUUUACUGAGAAGAAGAUCCAGCAUGAGAGCCUGGUGAUAGGAGCCAUAGAGAACGCCUUCAAAGAGAUGGAUGCCCAGAUUGAGAAGGAGAAGCAAAUCUAUAAUAUCACAGGAGGGUGUACAGCUCUCACUGUGGUUUACCUGCUAGGAAAACUAUACGUUGCGAAUGCAGGUGAUAGCAGGGCUAUCAUUAUUAGAAACAAUGACAUCAUUCCCAUGUCGACAGAGUUUACACCAGAAUCAGAACGACAGCGACUCCAAUUCCUGGGUUUCAUGCAGCCUCACCUGUUAGGAAAUGAGUUCACGCACCUGGAAUUUCCUCGGAGAGUUCAGAGGAAGGAGGUAGGCAAGAGGAUGCUCUACAGAGAUUUCACCAUGAAUGGAUGGGCAUACAAGACCGUCAACGAUGAAGAUCUCAAGUUUCCACUGAUAUAUGGGGAAGGGAAAAAGGCACGAGUGUUGGCCACCAUUGGGGUGACCCGUGGGCUUGGUGACCAUGACCUCAAAGUUCAUGACUCCAACAUCUACAUCAAACCGUUCCUUUCCUGUUGCCCUGAGGUUAAAGUAUAUAACCUGCAGCAGUAUGAACAUGGGGCUGAUGAUGUUCUGGUAAUGGGAACCGACGGUCUCUGGGAUGUUCUCUCCAACCAGGAAGUAGCCGAAGCCGUCACCACAUUCCUAGCCAACUGUGACCCCGAUGACUUACACAGGUAUACAAUGGCAGCACAAGACCUGGUGAUGCGAGCGCGUGGCGUCCUGAGGGACAGAGGCUGGAGGAUCACCAAUGAGCGCCUGGGCUCCGGAGAUGACAUCUCGGCCUUCAUCAUACCGCUGAUGUACGGCAACCGUCAGCCCUGAGGAGCCCCACGGAGAUUUUGCAAUUCAAGGACUUGGAGGGCAUGUAGGCUCUUAAACCAACAGGAUGGAUUUGGACUGAGAAUCCCCCUUCAGUUUCCUCAGUGCCAUUUGCACAUUUGUUUUCUUCCUUAAACCAAGGAUAUACCACUAUGUUUGGAUAUUUAUAGUUGUCAGUGUUUCAUAUCUCCAAAGGAGUCCAGGUUGGCUGCUCCGGAAACAGUACACUCAGUUCUGCAUUGUUAGUUUAUUUUUUUUAAUGCCUCAAAUGUCUGAAAAACAUGAAAAUGUAGACACAUUGUUAUUUGAUGAGUUUGUGUCAUGAAUCAAAAUUGUCAGAAAUAAUUUGGCCUGUUUAAACUGAACUUCUGCAGAAAUGUGAAAGCUGAAAUAGACGAAUGCUCUUACAAAGAGUACAAAGAAAAUACUUUUCUUUCGUACGUCUCUUGCAGUGCUGUAUAUGGCCCAUCUUCUUCACUAUCUUUUAGUCCUCCCGUCUUCUAUAAUGUACAGUCGACUUGUUUAUAAAAAACAAAAAUUCCUUUGUCUCGUGAUCAUGGACGAGCUGACUGGUCAGCUGCGUUUUGUGUUUCGCCACAGUGUGGCUGUGGAGGAUUCACUUGCUGGAGAACUGCUUCCAGAUGUUUUUCAGAUCACACACUGAUUGCAACGAUGAGAUUUUGGCUCGAACCCACGUUGCUGUUCCCAUUCUGAGCAUCUUGUUGUCAUUUCGAAGACUUUCAGUUUGUAACAGCUCGGAAAUCUUUUGUCUCAUGGAAAUUGGGGAGAGGGUUUCACUGUUUCACAUGCAAUCGGUUAUGUUUUUAUGGAUGUGAAUGAAGAAGAAAAGAGUCAAGGACCUAGGGCUGGGUGAUAUAGAGAAAAUCAAAUAUCACGAUAUUCUUGACCAAAUACCUCGAUGAUGAUAUUGCAACGAAAUUGUAUGGUUGACUAUUGGUGCUUUAACAAAAUGUUACACAAUGAUAUUUUGAUAAAUAUUCUCCAGAAAUGAUUU